AUUUAUUAAUAAGUAACAAAUAAAUAAGUGUUAUACUCGAACAAUCUUUCACUUAAAAAGCUGCGCUAUUAUACUAAAGAAAUUUAUGUGUUAAAUGAAUAAGUGUCAAUCAGUAUACAGUAACUACAAAUUAAACCUUAAACUGUAAAGAUUAAAUGUAAUUUAUGUAAAACAUACGUCUGAACCCUUCCAAAUAAGAUACAAAUAUGUUUCAUAUGGUUUAUCCUCCAGUUUUUUUAAUCAGUAAAGACUGCAUUAUUGCAUUUUGCAUUAUUCAUAUUUUCUCCCAUAAAUCAAACACCCUCGUAAUUUUCAUUUCUACAUGGUUCAACUGACGGUAACACUAGCCAUAAUCAUGUUAGCUGUUGGCAAAUAUUUUAUUCAUAUCGCUUAUUAUUCUCAUAAAAUAUAGCUUUUUCCUUUCGAGAGAGAAGAAACACGUUUUUUCUUGCAAUUUACUUAAAUAAAAGUAAAUACUUAUCCUCCUUGUUUUGUUGUUUAACGAAGUGAUGUUUUUCAAAUUUUCACUUAUUUCACUUAUCUUUAGUGAUCCGAAUGAUCCUGAUUAAAAUGUAUUUCCUUCCAUUUGCUAAUGAGUAUGAGUUAGGAAAAAUUUUCGAGGGUUGUGUUUUCCUAAAUGUUUCUCGUAUUAUCUAAAAAAAAAAUUAUUUUCUAUGUUGUGAACAAAUUAUUAUGAACAAAUGGGAUUUUUUUUGUAAAUGUAUUUUUCAUUGUUUCAAUAACAUUUUGACACAGUUUACAGUGCAGUUUAAUAACUUUUUGUCAUAUCGGCUUUUUGGUCAAUGUAGAGCAUACACAAUCAAUAAAACAUGAUUGGUAAAAUUUGAUACAUAAUAUUAAUCUGAAAGAGAAUAGAAAACUGCAAUCGUAGCAUUUAGCAAAAAAUCAACUAACAUCUUGUGAUUGCAACGAGUGCGUUUGUUUCAUGCUUCAAGAAACAUAAAUUUACAAAAUUGAAAUUUAUAUACUAACAGUGGGUGGAGAUUUCUUGAUAAACGGGACCGGUUCCGCACGACAUGACCAGGUAUCAAAUCCCAUCAUGGGCGGCAUGACAUUAGAGGUUGUUAAGUAAAUACGCGAGAGAUACUAAGUGUGGCUACUAUUUUUUUACUGUACUUUCUUUACUGUGUUUCUUUAUUGUUUAACUGUACUACACUAUUACUCGUUUAGUAAGCAAUACAAAAUUUUACUGAGAUUUAAAAAAACACAUUUGUUUAGAUUAAUUUACAAAAAUGCUAUUUAAGUUUAAUGAAUGCAUCAUUAAUACUUGUACUAAAAAGAUGCUAUAAAAACUUAUAAAAACUUAUAAAACUAUAAAAACUAUAAAAACGGAAGACUUCUUGUUUUUUAGGGUAUACUUAGCAUUUAUAGAACGAUUGCAAGACGUUUUAGGUCGAUAUUUCGAAAAAGCUUAGGCGCAAGAAAUAAGUAAAAUUAAAAAUAUGUAUUUACAUUUUUAAACGUUUAACGAUGAAGUACCCAACUCAACAACCCUUCCCUGUAAAGUGAUCGUUGCACUUUUUUUUUCGUUCUUCCAUUUGUAUGUUUGUGAUAAGCCAACACGCUACGAUACACAAUAUCACACGCACCAGCAAAACCCAAAGGCCGGCUGGUGGUGUUUGUGUUUGAAAAUUCGAUUUAUGUCCGGCUACCGGAAGCACUCAAUUGUGCAACAAAACAGCUUGCGCUGCAAAUGCCUACAGUGACCGCGGGUCACUAUGCAAAACCCCCGAAAGCAAUGGGUGGUUUUGUCGACUGUUGGAGCUACCCGUUGGCGUGUGUUUUGUUUGUACACGCGUUUGUGUGGUUGAUUGGUUGUUGUUGUUAUUAUUGUGAUUGUGGUUGCAUGUGACAUAGCGCAAACUAAAGUCGUGUGCGCGGGCGUGUUUCCAACGACGCACUUGUUGAGCGUUAACAUUAUGUUGACAUUUUUUUCUCUGUGCUGCUGCUGCUGCUAACGCUGCUGGAAUACCGUUCCCAUACGACAGGCCAUGGGACAAAAACGGGCAGUUGCUUCACGAUCGAGCCGGCAAUCGAAUGCGUUUUGUGUGGAAGUACACCGGUUUUUUUGGAACUGCAGUGAGCCGAAUGUUUUCCUGUGUUUAAGAGGCCUCUUGAGAUGUACGAUACCGUGAUCGAUCUUAAGUAGUUAGCGUUUUUAGUACUUAGUGUUAAAAGUGCCCAUGUAUUGAGGAAAUAGUGAAAACACCUUUUUUUUAAAUCAUGAGGGUUAAGCGAAAGUACGGCAGCAAAAUGUACGAAAGCUCCUGCUCAUACCAGACGGCGCUGGAUCUGAAACGGGGCGCUUCUCCGCUCGUAACGCACCAGGUAAAGUCGGAAGACUGUCUCGGUUUGACACAGUGCACCGAUUGGGGUUCGUACCGUUUCCAUCAGUCAACAUUCGAACAGCUGAAACAAAGUGUUGAGAAAGCCAAAGCCGCCCUACAGGAUCGGACAUCUUUCCUCGGAAGCUCCAGCGCAUUUAGCGAUAUAUAUUCAUCGCCGAGAUUGACGGAAUCGCUUGAAAACGUUAUUUCUCACACCACCGGCAACAGCAACAACAAUGGUACGACUAGCACAAACCCUGUCUCGAAUGGUAAUGCUAGCGCAGAAAGUAACCCUGCCAACACUAACGCUACUAGUAACGCUGGCAGUGUACUAAACGUCAGUGGUAGUAACACAGGUAGUGGUACGGGGAAUGGCGCCAAUACCAGUGCCAGCAGUGGUGGAGGUGGUAGUGGAGGAGGUGGUGGAGCAAGUGGAACUGGUGGUGGUGGUGGUGGUAGUAGUAGUAGCAUUAGCGUUAUAAACGCAACUUCACUCGUGUCACCAUCGAAUCUGCUGGGUAACGGGUUGGCAAAUCAACGUCACCGAAACGAUCUGCUGGGAUCCGGCAAUCUUAAUCUGGUGUCUUCAACUCAGUCACCGACAACCACCUCGACACCGUCAUCAAUUCUGUCCCAAAACUUAGAGUCUCCGGUGGACGUCAAGUCACGACAAGGUAAGGCUGAAUAGUAUUUUUAGUUUAUAAAAGAACUUUUACUUUAGAGUUUCGAGAGAAUUAAAAAAUCUAUUAAUGUAAUUAUAUCAAAUAUGUAAAACAUACAACACUAGGUACUGAUCUGAUUAAACUACUCUAAUCUGGUGCUGAAACUUCUGGUGGAAAACUCCUCCUUAAACGAAAUUUUACAUUUCCUUUUGAUAAGGUAUCAUGCACUACUACUACAGCGAGAUUUGUGCUCAAUUUUCUGGCAUGUUUCAUGUAAAGCCUGACACAACAUUCUUGUAAUGAGAAUCGACUCAAUGCGCAUGUUUCCUGCAAAGGUAAUUCAACAAAUAAGAAUAUUGGUAGCCAUUGUGGAAAUGGAAACAUGCAACGUUUGGUUGCGCUAAUGUUUUAAUUUUAGAGUUCUUUCUCCCAUUAAUAUGUACUAAAAAUAAACAUAACCUGAAAGUAAUGAUGUCUAUUUUAAUACAGUGCAUUAUGGCAUCAGCAUGUUUCUCUCUUAACCAAACAAACGAUCCCAAAACACACACCAAAAAAAACUAUACUUUGUGGUUCAUUUUUAUUGACCGUAUCAAAACUCAAGCGCUUCGUAAACAGUAGAUUAUGUUCCGUGUCACCGAUAAUCCUGUGUGUAACGUUCCUUCUGUGUCACACUUCCGCGUACCAGAAACGCAACGAAAACACAUGUACCUUCACGCCAAUUAAACGAUUUGAUAGGCUACACCCUAUCAAUUACUAGCGCUCGUUCGUUUCUUUGCGACGCAAACAAAUCCCCCGCCACUCCUUAUCACACUUUCUCAUACGUGCAUACAUUCAGGCGUUACGUUUCGUCCCAAAAGUCCUCCUCGCAGUACACUAUCAAUAAACACAUCUAAACAUGACCCUAUUAACGAAUCGGGGCUUAUCGAAUAGAUACUCCCUAGUUGCUUCCCAGCCGCUAUUACCCGCGCUUUGGAUUGACAUCAUAGGGUGGAACUGGUGGAAAAACUGGGCCGUUUUCUCGCACACCCGCCACAAAUCGUCAUCUUCCCAAAAAGCUGAAACGAUAAACCAUCCACCCUUAGCAUUUAGGGUUUUUUUUUGUUUGAUGCAUCAAACAUACCAAAAUAAAAAGAAGGCUUCCCCUAACGGACGGACGAUGUAUUAUCCGUACGAAGGAUUGGGUGUUUCGUCUUCUGAUACGCAACAACAACUACAAUAAAAAUUUGCCUCCACUCCAGCGUCCACUUUUCUUUUCCCACCGUAAGCGGAAAAGCAGCCAGCACAACUUCCGCCGAUGAUGGCCUUUUGUCUGGCUCGCGCGCGCUCUAGCGCCGGUGUCCUUUUACGCAGCCAAAAAGGGGGAACGAGCUACACGAGGCAUUUUUAUUGUUCCGUUCGUAAGUUUUUUUCUUUUUUUUGUUGCU